CUUAAUCAAACGCAACUUUAUCGAUCCAACUGUCUCAAAUAAGUUACUCGCACGAGCUAGACUUUAUUAGUUACGUGGACUUUUUCUCCAGCAAGGAUUAAAUCGUAAAUGUUUAAUUAAUUUUUCUUUUCUCAAAAGAUUUGUUUUAAAGCAUAUAUUUUCUCAAAAAAAGGAAACAUUACUGGAUAGUUUUCAUUACAGUAUAAUUACUAUGUAUUUUUAUCAGCAGAUUGAAGCUUGUCUAAGAACAUCAACAAAGUACAUGAGAUAUAAUACAACAAAAAGUAACCGAUGACUUACGCAACUCUCAUACAUUCUUAGUAAUUUAAACUGCAGUAUUGAACAAUUAUGGAAAAAUCGUCAUCUAAGACAUCAUUUUUCUCUUUCAACUCACCGUUGAAAUCUAAUUUAAAGUCUUCCUCGGCAAAAGCACGGUCUCUGUGUUGGCAAAAAUCUGUGAAAGAGGAUAAUGCGAACUGGACAACAGUUGACGCACCGGAACCAUCAGCGGAUGACUUUCGGCGCGGAAGGAACUCAAAGCGACGCUGUUCAGCACCAAGUGUUGUGCCGCUAGAUUUUAAAUCUAGAAAGCCAACACUAAAGACAAUACAGAUGAUGAAACUUGGUAGUUCAGAAGUACCCUCACCAUCAAACUCGAUAUCAGAGGAACACGAACUUACAGAGGACCAACGACGAGAGCUCAGGAAAGCCUUUCUGAUGUUUGAGAAAGGAGGGAAAAACAAGAUGUCUGCACGAGAUCUCGGUGCUCUUCUCCGUUGUCUCGGUUGGAAUCCAUCUGAAAGAGAACUUGAAGAAGCAAAACACGAACUGGUGGUUAGUUUCUCUUACGGUAACGUAUGUUUCAGAAUGCCAGAUUCAGAUUCAGCCGAGAUUCAGAAGCACUACAGUGAGCGUAAGAAGGCCUCAGAUGGUAAGAUGUUCCUGCUUCAUGCUGUAUGUGUGACUCAUACACAGUACUGGACACUGGGAAAUCAGAUAACACAAAAGUUGAAAUCUAGUUCCCCAAGUACAUAUUACGAUACAGGCGACUACAUCGCAGCUGUUUAUGAAGGAGACUAG